AGCCCAAGCUAAGGUCCUAGAACUAAUUCCUACGCUUAUCAAACAUUUGAAGCAACACGACUUUUACAUCUCACCGCCGGUGGGUAAUGUUAUAUGUGCAUAUGCAAGACACGAUAAAUUCCGUAAGCAAUUACUACAACCAGAAAGUGAUUUUCUCGCGCUUCUGGUCAACAUGUUGGAACAUCGCUUAACCGAUAUUGAGGAUCCUGCCAUCCAAAUCCUGGGCCAACUUGCGAACCAUACUGACGUUCAGGGAGACUUGAUUCAUAAUGGACACAUUAAGAACCUGGCGUCGUUGAUGAAAAAUCGCAAGCACGAAACAAGUAGCGGAGCUAUUCUCGCGAUGUUGUCGCUUCUCCCGUAUCCAUAUAUACAAUUGACGGCAAUCAAGGAAGGUGUCGUUGAGACUUUGGUCAAUCAUUUAAAGCACAAGAAGAAGUGUUUGUUUGCGGCUUACGCAUUCUCUCGUAUCCUGGACCACGAAAACAUCAGAAAGGCUAUGUUUGAGCUAUCCGCGCCUGACUACAUCAUCAGCGCUUUCAAACAAGGAUCGUUUAUCGUGACGGUCGAGAAUGAACCCGGUAAAGAGGUGCUCGGACGCCUCAUGCGCAACGAUGACCUGAGGGCAGCUGUUCUUAAAGCCCACACAACAGCGGCCCUUUGUACCAUGUUCAAAAAGGGUGAAGCAACACUGAAUCAUGCAGCAUUUGAUUUCCUGGACAUCAUAUCCAACUAUCCCGAUGGGAAAGAGUUGAUUAAAGAAUCUAAGAUCGCCAUAUUCCGCGCCAUAGUGGUCGCCUUGGACAACCAGAAGUGGGAUUCUCAAAUGAAUGCUGCAAUAGCACUUCACACUCUUUUUGGGAUCCGGCAUUCAUCUGAAAGAACUUUUGUCACACAUGAGUUUCAAUCGGUCAUCUUGGAAGGACUCCCGCGAAUACUGAAAUUGUUGGUGCAUGAUCGGUCUUACCGUGUUGUUGGCGGUGCGGCAGCUCUCUUUGCACUAUCUGAGGACGGAACUGUACGGGCUCGUGUGCGAGAGCACGCAGAUUUUAAAUUUGCCAGAAGUGGGUAUUUCUCGAGGAGCAUAAAACUACAGUAUCAUGACUCAGACCCACGGGAAGAGGAUGUCCACAAGAUGCUUGACAUAUUAUUUGCGGCCAUGGAGGAAAACCCUCACCAUCACGGUGCCCAUCACCAUCGUGGUGCCCUAAAUUUCCCAGAUGUGCACCCAAUGCCUGCCCGCAGUCGCUUGGUCACUUCCCUUGCGAUCUUAUCUUGCAUCUUCUACAUUCCUUGCGGCCUUACAACCAUGCUAGCUGGAUGGGCAAUCGAUGGAACGGAAACGUCGCACACAUGACUUCCGCAAUGCGCAUCACCCCAAUUUUUCUAGCUUUAUAGGAGAAUUAAAGAAUUACAGAGU